AUUAUAUCUGUGCCCGGGGGGUGGGAACGAUAUAAAAAAUAUCAGGGAAUCAAAAAGAACAUCCUCCUUAUCCGCUGUCUCUCUCUGUAAUGCAGCUGGAUUGGCCGGGAAUUAAUAGAUUACAUUGUGGAUUUCAGGCACAUUUAACUGGAUUCGUUCUGCUGAAAUCCCACUUGGACUUUCUGCUCGGCUGCCGGACACAUCUGCCCCCCUCUCUCCGUAUUGUCAGCGAGACCCUCAUUCUGCUCCAGGCGUCUCAUUACGAGAGUUUUCUCUCACUUCCUGCUGCUUCCUCCUGCCAAGUGCAACUGAAAGUUCUUCCCCCUUUUUUUUCCAGGGCAGAAUCUGCAAUUUCCUAUUUCUUAAGCCUUAACAAGAUUUGAAUACCAAAGCUCUUGCUGGGAGUCUACGCAAAAAGAGAAAUCAGCUGAGGGUCGGAGAGGAGAGACAACCCCAAGACAUCAGGCUUCCGGCAGUGUAUUCUCCAAGGGCUUGUACCAUUUAACUCUGCUGCAAUGGAUGAAAUGGAUGCUCCACAGAUGAAGAAGGAGGUAGAGAGCUUGAAGUACCAGCUGGCUUACAAGAGAGAGAUGUGUUCCAAAUCUAUACCCGAGCUGCUAAAGUGGAUUGAGGAAGGCGUACCCAACGACCCUUUCCUAAAUCCGGAGCUGAUGAAGAAUAACCCUUGGGUGGAAAGAGGAAAAUGCAGCAUACUGUGAAGCGCUCGCUCCCGACCCUCGUCCCGGCAGUAUCCAUUAGCCACGUACUCUGAAUGUACUAUAAUCUAUACAAUAUUAGGAUAUAGAUAGGAAGCUGCUCAGAGAGAUUAUCAGAGCUAUUUAACAAAAUGUAUUAAAUAAUAGAGGUGUAGGGAGGGGGUGGGGCUGGAAUCAUUUGGAUUUGGGAUUUUUCUUUGCAAGGUCAGUGGAUUAAUGUGGCCCUAAAUCUCUAAUAUUUAAUCUCUAGCUUGAUCGUUAUAUUAGAUGGU